AUGGCAGCACAAACCAACAUCAACACAGACCAGUCUGCUCUGCUUGCUCUCAAACCCCGUAUCACCAGUGACCAUCACAACAUGAUCUUCACCAACUGGUCAACCACCACUCCCGUUUGCAACUGGGUUGGCAUCACUUGUGGUGCACGCCAUCAUCGAGUUACACACUUGAAUAUCUCUUACUUUGGUCUAGCAGGCACCGUUCCUCCGGAGCUAGGCAACCUAUCAUUCCUUGUUGAUCUGGACUUCACUAAUAACAGCUUCUACGGUUCCUUGCCCCAGGAAUUGGCUCGUUUACAGCGACUGAAGUUUAUUAACAUGGGAAACAACGUGUUUACGGGAAUCAUUCCAUCAUGGUUUGGGUCCUUGGCCAAACUUCAAGCCCUUUAUCUGUAUGGUAAUAAAUUUUCGGGUUCCAUACCAGCGGCCAUCUUCAACUUAUCUGCACUGCAGAUAAUUGAUCUGAGGUAUAACCAACUCUCAGGUAGCAUACCUAGAGAAAUUGGAAACCUAACAGAGCUGAAGGAGAUAUACCUUGACAGCAAUAAGUUCAAAGAAAUUCCAAAUGAGAUUGGCGCUUUGAUUCAACUGGAAAUGUUGUCCGUGAAGCACAAUGCCUUAAACGGGCCUAUUCCUAUAACUGUGUUCAACAUGUCUUCUUUGGUUAUCUUGGAUUUCUAUGGAAACAAUUUGAGUGGUAAUCUUCCGGACAAUAUAUGUCAGCAUCUGCCGAGCAUUCAAGGGUUGUAUUUGGGUUACAAUCAGCUUGACGGUCCCCUUCCAUCCAAAUGGUCGCAAUGCAAACAAUUGCUUUCAGUACUAUCGGCGACGAACAAUUUUAGCGGAAGAAUACCAACCAGUAUUGGCAACUUAACCCAGAUAAAGACGAUUGACUUUAGCUACAACAGUUUGACAGGUACUAUACCCGAUGAGAUUGGUCAUCUGCCAAAUUUAGAGGUAUUAAGUCUCGGUAUCAAUAAUCUCAAUGGCAUCAUCCCAUCCUCAAUCUUCAAUAUGUCCACAAUAACAGUAAUAUCGCUUCCUAACAAUCAGCUCUCAGGCACUUUUCCAGCAAACAUAGGCACUGCGCUUCCAAACCUACAAAUCCUCUUCUUAGGAGAAAACAAACUGAGUGGAGUAUUCCCCAAAUCCAUCUCCAAUGCUUCUCAGCUCAUUGCCAUUAGCAUAGGCGCUAACUUAUUUUCUGGCUUUAUUCCUAGCACGAUAUGUGCCCUAACAAAACUUCAGCGGCUUAAAUUACUUAUUAAUAACUUCACCAUUGAUAGUUCGACUCCAGAAGUAAAUGUUCUCUCAUGUUUGGCAAAUCUCAGAAAUUUGAGAGAAGUAGCCUUGUCAAGAAAUCCAUUAAAUGCCAUGUUUCCGGUUUCCAUUAGGAAUCUCUCUACAUCACUUCAAAAAGUUUAUUUAUAUAACAGCAACAUGAGAGGUGAGAUCCCCAGUGAUAUAGGCAAUUUGAGCAGCUUGACAGUCUUUGCUUUGGGUACGAAUCAAUUGAGUGGAUCAAUUCCCACAUCAAUGGGAAGAGUACAGAAUCUCCAAGCUUUGGAUUUAUCUUAUAACAAAUUGCAAGGACAUAUCCCGGGUGAACUUUGUCAACUACAAUCCCUAGCUAUCCUAGACUUGAGUGGUAACCAACUCUCUAGUUCUAUACCUUCUUGCUUGGGUCAGCUUGUCACCUCACUAAGAGUUCUAUCAGUAGAGUUAAAUUUGUUGAAUUCCACAAUACCAGCUACCUUGUGGGGGCUUACAGAUAUCUUGCAAUUAAGCUUGUCGUCCAAUUUUCUAACUGGAACACUCUCAGAAAGUGUUGGCAAUUUAAAAGCUGCCACAGAUAUAGACUUAUCAAACAACCAAUUGUCUGGUAUUAUACCAAACAACUUUGGAAGCCUACAGAAUUUGGUCAAUCUCUCUUUGGCAAAUAAUAAACUAGAAGGUCCAAUUCCUAGUUCACUUGGCAAUGCGCUAAGCCUGGAACGACUGGAUUUAUCCAAGAAUAAUUUGUAUGGAGUGAUUCCAAAGUCUCUUGAAGAGCUCUCCUAUCUCAAAUAUAUGAAUGUGUCUUUCAACAAACUCCGAGGUGAAAUUCCAACCGGUGGACCUUUUAGAGUUUUGUCUGCUCAAUCAUUUGUAUCGAACCAUGGACUCUGUGGUGCAUCCCGAUUUCAAGUUCCAGCAUGCAAAAGGAAAUCUCGUAGAUCUAUUUUGAUAUAUGUCAUUCUGGGGAUCUUGUCAGCAAUAUUUCUAGUGACAUCCAUUUGGAUAGUGAUCUUACGAAGAAAGAAGAAUGUGAAAGCUGCGACAGAUACUAGCUUAACUCAAUUUCAAUUGAGAAGAGUUUCAUACCUAGAACUUCAAAGUGCCACAAAUGGGUUCAACGAAAGCAACUUACUCGGCACUGGGGGUUUUGGUACUGUAUACAAAGGGACACUGUCGGAUGGUUUAGAUGUUGCCAUCAAGGUUUUUAACUUGACUUUGGAAGGGGCUUCCACAAGUUUUGAGGCUGAAUGUGAGAUGCUAAGCAAUAUUCGUCACCGAAAUCUUGCCAAAGGCAUCAGUUGCUGCAGUCAAAUUGAUUUCAAAGCUCUUGUACUGAAUUACAUGUCUAAUGACAGCCUUGACAAGUGCUUGUAUUCUCAGAACAUUUUCUUGAACAUCCUGCAAAGGUUGACCAUAAUGAUAGAUGUCGCGUCAGCAUUGGAGUAUCUUCAUCAUGGUUAUGAAACACCUAUUGUCCAUUGUGAUUUGAAGCCCAGCAACAUAUUACUAGAUGAUGAUUUGUGUGCACAUGUUGCUGAUUUUGGCAUUGCAAAGCUCUUGGGUGGAGGAGAUUCUAUGACUCAAACCAUGACCCUAGCGACAAUUGGGUAUAUGGCUCCAGAGUACGGAAGAGAAGGGAUUGUCACUAGAAGAGGGGAUGUGUAUAGUUUUGGGAUUGUAUUGAUGGAAACAUUCACAAGAAGGAAGCCAACAGAUGAAAUGUUUGUUGGGGAGAUGAGUUUAAAGCAAUGGGUUGCAAACUCACUAUCUGCAGAUGCGAUAGCUGAAGCUGUUGAUACCAAUUUACUUGGGACAGAGGAAGAUCAUGAUACUGUUAAGGAGUGUUUAGCAUCCAUUUUGCGAUUGGCUCUUUCAUGUUCUGCCGAAUCAUCAGAGGAGAGGGUAAAUAUGCAAGAGGCUCUAGCCAGUCUUAAGAAAAUCAAGGUCAAGUUUUUGAAGGACACUGAAGGAAAUGUGCUGUUGAACCGGUCCUCUUAUUAA